AUGACAACAAUCGAAUUUGGUGGUGGACCGUCUAUCGAAGCUCGCCGGCAAUUUUCUAAUCUUAAAGAUGGCUCACAAGUGCCAAAAUACACGGGAUAUAUACAUCAAUUACGCUAUCGCCAUGGACAUACAUAUGGUGAAGAGACACAUCGUUUAGGUAACGAAUUUCCUUACGCAGUACAUUCAAAAUCGAAUGCACCAAUUGAAAAAAUUGAUCAAUCUGAUCCAUAUGAAACGCAUGAAUUUCCUGAUGGAAUGCUUCCAGGAUAUACAGGUUACAUACCUCAAAGAAAAUUUCAACUUGGUAAUCGAUAUCGUGUUGAAACAGAUGGAUGUUUAUCAGAAACAAAAGUUAUGCAUGAACAAACUAAAAAUAAAUCUAAAGAAUUACGAAAUAUUAUUGCUGCUUAUCCAAAAACAAAAAGCUUAAAUAGUGAAACAGUAAUAAAACAUUUUCUUGAUUUUCAUCGAGCUUACAAUCCAACCGAGAGUUCACAGACAAGUGAUCGUCGUGUAUUUCUUGAACCACCUAUUCCUGGUUAUAGAGGAUAUAUUCCUCGUAUUCGUCCAACAGAUAUUGGUCUUGGUUCACGUUAUCAUGAAGCAACAAAAAAAGGUUUAAAUCGUUUUGCUCUAGAAUCAACAACUUUAACAACUAAUUUUCCAACAUCAAUCGAUUUACCUUCAGAACCGAUUCCACCACCAGAUUCGCCAAAGGUUUUACCACGUUCGAUAACAAGUUUUUCAAGUCAUCGACUUUAUGCACAAUCUGGAAUGGUUCCAAAAUAUACUGGAUAUCUUCCUCAAAGCAAAUAUCGUAUUGGACAAACAUAUGGCGAUACAAGUCGAAAUUUACCUGUCUGUUCUCAUUCAUUUAAUAAUUUUGGAGAUUCUGUACGAUCAAAAUCAUCUGUGGAUUUUAGCGUAAACAAUAAUGUUUAA